UUCCUGGCAUCUGACUCGGCGUCUUUUAUCACGGGUGCUACUAUUCCUGUUGAUGGUGGCAAACAUGCAAUGUGCCCAAGAUAGCAUCUUGACCUACAAAAAUCAUGACUGAAUUGUUUUCUUCCUUAAUGGGACAACACUGUCUCUGGAAUAAGAUGUCUUGUCUACGGAGUAGUCGAUCCUAGUCAGGAUCAUGGCGGACAAAAGAGUGUGGAUGUUAGUUCACAGGCUGGAUCACGCCGAAGAUCCACGAAGUAAUCUGCUCUGUUUGGAAAUUCGUGAAGGAGAAACUGUGAAAGAAGUCAGCAAAAAAGUUACACGAGAUCUGAACUUACCAAAGACAGGAAUAAUUCUCCAGCUAAGAAACCAACGGGGAUCAUUGAUACCACUUAAUGGAAGACUGGAGGAAAACUCAAAAGAUGUGCCAUACACAUUGGAUAUUUUACACGAAUACCAGCGAGUUCAUCCCAAACCCAGAAGUGUAAAAACCAACACCUACACAGCCACAAUUCUUAGGCAAAUAAAGGAGAUUUCAAAAAGGAUCUCUAGACUGGAGGAGAGCAUUCCUGAACUCAAAGUCAAACGAGAAGAGAAAAUGAAACAGGAAGUCGAUGAGCUAGAAAGGAAGCUGAGUUUCUUAAAGAAGCGUUUGAGUGAAGCUGACAAAACUCAGUGGACUGGUAUUAUCAAGAAAAGUCCACUUUGGUAAAUUAAGUCUGCUAAUCCUGUCUAAUCAAAGUGACUACAAGAACAGCAUUUGAAGCCAGACGGCAGUCAUUCUUUUCAAGGCCACUCCCCUUGUGCCAGAGAAAAUGCAUAGGUAAAGUAAAGAACAUAGGUUUAGAAGAAAAUGCAAAAGAAAGAUGCACAAUCAACAUAAGAGGAUGCUAACACAUACACUCACAAAGUGACAGUGGCAUGCACUCACACUUGUAUACAUAUAUAAAACUUGGAAAUACAUUAUCCAUUGGUAUUUUGUCUAUUAAAUACACCAUGAAAAGUUUCAAAACUAUAAGUCGUACAACAUCUGAAAAGUGUCCCUUUGCUUCAAAGCAAAGUGCAAGAGUUUUGUUAAAAAUAAUUAAGCAAUGAGGCUAUCAAGUGUGCAGCUGCUAAAGCAGUUGAGCCAACUUCACUUUUCAAAAGUUUCAGAUAUUGAGCUCUCUGUCUAUGUGAGACAUCAAUUCAGAUUUCUCUAUCAGAUUUUCCAAUUCCCUGACGAACCUAUCAUGAGCUUAAGUUUUUGGGAGUACUAACUUUAGGUAUUUGCCUUAGUGUAAGAAUAUUUUCUGUAAUAGUUCCCUCUCGCUUUCCAAUCAUUCUCCAGACUUGUAAUCAAAAUGUAUCAGCAAUAAAAGUUAAAGCAUUUUCUUCCAGGACAAAUAGCUCGUAGGCAGAAUUGAUGAAAAUAAAGAAAAAGAUUGAGACUUUGCAUCUUUGUUUUGCUCAUCAUGCUUGAAUCAUGAUGCACUAGUAUAUGUAUGUUCACUGAACUCUUUGCUGUAACUUGACAUUGGUACUAUCAUUGGGAAAAAAGAAAAAUCUUUUUGUCCAAGUUGUGACAAUUUAGCACAGUGCAACCUAAAACACACAACUGCCUGAUAACUGAAGAAUGAUGGACAGUCAAAGUGGGAGUGGCCUUUUCACAUUUCAGAUUAAUUUCACUAUUAAGUCAGUUCUUUAUAUUUAUGUUGUGUACAUUUUUCUUUUUAGAAAACUCCAAAACACUGUUGACUGACCCUUUAGAGUAAAUGUGAUGUUAACGGCACCCACAGAGUCAUUCCGCAUAUGUGUUACUGAAGCAUGGGAAUAGAUAACUGAACAUGUAUGUUCGGAAGUGUGUGUGAGAGAGAGAUUAUUCUCUCAUCCAUCAGGGUAACAGGCACUUUGCCUUUGUAAGGGAUUGUAAACAAGCCUGAAGUCAAAUUAUGUUCACACAGACUUUGCCAGAGUUUCACAGUGCGGCAAAUUUAAUGCACAUUAACGCGAUCGAAAGUUUGCUAGCUUUAUGAUUUCCAUAGUGCUUUUAUCAGCAAAAUAUAAAAAUCAUGUCUUUUUCAUAUGUUUAGUAAGAUUUAAGGAUUAAAAUAAUAAAAAUGAUAAUAAAUUUGCCUCAAACCCCUCAAGAAGGAAUUGUCAUUGGAUGCAAAUUUGCCAGAAUUGUUUAGCAGAAAGCCUCUUGUGUUUCAGUAGUUUUUCCAUCAUGUACAUGCCCAAAUUUUUGUAAGGCUUAGUUUUUCUCACAUGUUGAAAGUUUUAAACUGUCUGGAUUAAGAUCUGACUUUUGUAUACUGAUAAUCCAGUUUGGUCUGUGAUUUUCUUAUACAUCUAAGAUGUGUUUAUUCUAGCUGUGAUAUUUUAAUCUUAUAUCCUGUCAUGGAAGGAAUUUAAGCUUAGUACAACGUUUUGAGGAAAAUAUCAAUGAGUUUUGUUGUAGGGGAACAUUACAACAGAUGUGGAAAACAGAAAAGCAACAAGGGAGGGAACGUUUGUUCUACCUACUAUUUUUCCAGAUUUUUCUUUUUUAAAAACAAAAGUGAUGUAAAUAUCAUGACUGGUAUAGAAAAUCCGCAAAGAAUCAAUUUUCACAACCAGGGCUACACUGAUGUAACCACUUUAAAAGCUUACAUUUGAUGUAAUAUUUUCCAGCAAAGAUAAAAAAUUUACACAGAAUGCAUAAAAUGUACAGCUGUGCUGAAAACAGUGAGUCAUUUUUGUAACUAUUAAGUUUUUCAGCAGCCAUAACUAUGUUUCUAGAGUUUUUUUGGCAUGUUUAUGUUUCAAUUUUUUUUAGUUUCUUUAUUGUAAAUAUUUUUUUUUUCAUGGCUUUAGCUGACUGGACAAAUUACGUCUAGCCUUUGUCUCCCCUUGCUGGAGAAUACACCAAUCUCAGCUGUCAGGGUAGUUAUAUUAGUGUAUUCAUGCAUUAUCUGAAAAAAAAGACCUUUCACGGAUCAAAAUCAGUAGGCUAUCCAUCUACGUUUAUAACUAAACUUUCUAAACACUGAAAUCAUUCAUCAUUUUAAAUUGGUAACCAUUUACUACAUAUUCAGAACUAAGUGACGUCAAUUUAUGUUUUUCUAAACUUGGGAACAAACCUGCUUCAUUUUUACUUUUGACCGGUUGGCCACUAUGACCAUAUGUUUUGUGUGAAUAUGCUUCAUUUACCUAAAUGCGAACAACCUCUUGCAUGAUCACAAGUUAACUUGCAUGAUCACAUGGCAUCCCAUUUAAGUAUUCUCAGAUUCUGCAGUCUCUAUAUGCACACCUUUAACCAUGUGACUAGCCUUCCUUUUGCUAUGAUUUUUGUCAUAUUUUGUGUUUGCAAUAGUUUGCCUCACCAUUUAAUGUUUUUUACCCGAUUUGUAUGUGACCCAACAAGACGAUGCUUAAAUAAGUGAGAUUCAAGGUAAAGUGUUAUAUAUUGUUGAUUGUUUGAAACAGAGAAUAUUGUAAAGAACACUUGAGUCUUGUACCCAGA